CAUCGAAAUUCUACCACAGAGAGCAGCUCGGUUAUCGAAGCCUCCCGUGCCCUGGCCCCUCUCCUCGCCUGUCCUGUUCCCCACUGAAGCUGCCUCACUGUAAAGUCUGGUGCCGUGCCACUAAAGCGCUGCUCUCGCUUCAAAUUAAGCUUCGGUUGCUCUGUCGACGCACAGUCCACAGAAUGGAGCUCAUUGCCGCCGUUCCCUACCUUCUCUUCCUCCUCUUUCAAGCCUCUCAAGCAGCCGACGUUGUGCUGGCCCCAGAAUCCUCGCCGGACUUCCCGUCAUUCCCUGCUCCGGCGCCCACUUCCGGAGCCGACGUCGCGGCGCCUCCUGUGCUAAGGGCUCCGACGACCUCCGGCCCUGCUCCGACGCCGUGGGUGGACUCGGGGCCUUUGGAGCCCAAGGAAAAAUCGACCCCGGCGAGCGCUCCUUCGUCGGAGACGGGAGGCUCGAUCCCGUUCAUCAGCAGCAGCCCGGCGGUGCCACUUCCGGUGGGAGAGACCGAUACGGCCACCAUCCUGCCAUUCCCGACGCCGGGUUCGCAGAACCGGCCGGCGGUGGGGAUGGCGUCGUCGUGCGAGGCAGUGGGCGUGCCGUCGCUGAUGCUGUCCAUCAUUCCCGCCUUUGCUUCGCUUUGCCUUGCCCUCGUGGUCGUGGGCUGACGCCGACUCCUCCGGCCGCUUUUCGUAGCGCAUGAGCAAAGCAGGAACUUGUGUAGUUUCUUUUUAUUUUAUUUUAUUUUAUUUUUUUCCUCCUUUUAAAUCUCCUUUUUUGUUGCUUUUAUUCUGCUUUAUUGGUGCGACUGGAAUUAUUCAAAGCUACUUCUGCUUUA